CAGUCGCGCUCCAGCCUUCGGCGCGAGAGUUGGUGUAGCUGACGGAGUUUGCUCGGUUAUUACCGUCCAGCGAGUGGCUCCUUGCAGCGGCGUGUGCCGGGCGGGCAAAAGAGUCGAUUCUUCCGUAACCAGUGGCUGCCAGCGCCGAGAUGAAGUGGCCGAGCAAGAAGGGCGAGAUGUGCGGCAUCGCGGUCAUCCAGUUCAUGAUGGCGGUGCUGCUGAUGCUGUGCGCCUGCUACCCCCUCGUCCACGACGACCACGCCUUCGAGAUUCUCGUGGGCAUCGCUCUUCCAAGCUUCCAGGAGGUGCACCUGUCGCUGCUGGCCGGGUUCGCGCUGCUGGGCACGUUCGCCCGCCGCUACAUGUACAGCUCGCUGGGCCUCAACAUGCUGCUGGCCUCCCUGCUGCUCCAGUGGGCGCUGCUCUGCAACGGCUUCUACAACAUCCUGCCCGAGGCCGGAGGCCGCUUCGUGGUCACCCUCGCAAGUUUGGUGCGGGCAGACUUGACGGUGGUCACCGUGCUGAUAUCGGCGGGCCUGCUGCUGGGGACGCUCACACCCCUGCAGAUGGUCGUGAUGGGAAUCAUCGAGACGGCCGUCAGCACGGCCACCCAGCGCAUCGGGACCAGAGUCAUCAAGGCGACGGACGCGGGCGGUUCCCUGUACGUGCACAUGUUCGGCGCCGCCUUCGGGCUGGCCGCCGGCAUCACUGUUCGCCACGGGGACGCCACGGCGCAGCGACGCUCCGACACAACAGACUCGUUCGCCAUGCUCGGCACCGUCUUCCUGUGGUGUCUGUGGCCCACCAUGAACGCGGCCACGUCCGUGGGCAUGGCCGAGGUGUCGCGCUGCAUGGUUAACACCUACCUGGCCAUGCUCUCCUCCACCGUCAUCGCCUUCCUCUGCUCGGCCAUCUUCAGCCGGCGCACCAGAUUCGCCUUGGUCCAGGUGCAGAACGCGUCGCUGGCUGGAGGCGUGGCGGUCGGCGCCAGCUGCGACAUGGUGCUCCACCCUGCCGGCGCCAUCGGCGUGGGGCUCGUGUCCGGUUUCGUCUCCUCCAUCAGCUACACUUACCUGCAGCCGUGGCUGAACCAGCGCCUGAAGCUGCGUGACGCUCGCGGGGUGGUCAGCGCUCACGGGCUGCCCGGACUGCUGGGAGGCCUCAUCUCGCUAGUGCCCUCCUGGACGGCUACAGAGGCGCAGUACGGCGGCUCCCUCUACCGCAUCUUCGAGGGCCGCCUGCAGCAGAGACACCCCGAUGACCAGGAGCUGACAGGAUUUGGCUUCAACCGCAGCGCCGCUCAGCAGGCGGGCUGCCAACUGCUCGGGGUGGCCGUUACACUCGUGCUGGCGCUCGUCGGUGGAGCCGUGACAGGCCUGGUGCUGAGAGUGCCUAAAUUCAGCCCAAUGUACCGCGAGCAGUGGUACAACGACGCCUGGUACUGGGACCUGCCCGAGGACGACGAAGAGCAGACAGUGGACGCGCCGGGCCCCAAAGAGCAGCCUCUCACCGAGCCCACGGCGGUCAGCAGCGGCGGCAUCGUGGGGGACACCCUGGCGCUGGUGCCCUCGCCCGAAGCCGCCGCCGACCUGGGGGUCUGCGACACUGUCUAGUUGCUGGGUCCAGUCUCGAGCUGGUGGCCUCCCGCGGAUCACCAGUGGCAGCCUCAAGGGACUCUCGUUCCUGGUUCUAACACUCUCACUAAAAGUCGCUGCCCAGCAGGGGGUCUAUGAUGAUGUCUAGACAUCAGGUCCGAUCGUCAGCUGUUGACCUCCAAUGUGUCACCAGUACUGUAUGGUAUAUUCUCAGCUUUACAAUAGUGUCUUAUUAAAUCCUUACAACCAUUUCUCAACAGAAAUUGACCUACAUAACCUGUUAUCUCAAUCCAUUUCCUUCCAAAUGUGUUGAUAGUGCUCUUCAAUACUUCUUGACCUCUAGCUAGAUGUCCAGAUACCAGAUUCAGCCUAAUGUCGUUAAAAGUCUUCAUUUACAAAGACUAUGUAUAGUCCUGCACAUCACCAGUAUCAGCCUCAAGGGACUCUCGUUCCUGGUUCUAACACCCUCAACCAAAAGCCGCUGCCCAGCAGGGGGUCUAUGAUGAUGUCUAGACACAUCAGGUCCGAUCGUCAGCUGUUGACAUAGAGCGCGUCACCAGUACUGUAUGGUAUAUUCUCAGCUUUACAAUAGUGUCUUAUGAAAUUCUUACAACCAUUUCUCAACAGAAAAUGACCUAGAUAAAGUGUCAUUCCAAUCCAUUUCCUUCCAAAUGUAUUGAUAGUGCUCUUCAAUACUUCUUGGCCUCUGGCAUGAUGUCAAGGUAGCAGAUUCAGCUUAAUGUCGUUCAAAGUCUUCAUUUACAAAGGUUGGUCCCUUCACCAAUCAUGAACGCGUUCGCCCUUACCUCUUGUUUUCUUUGCCUCUGUAUUGUGCAACCUUCGUCACCAAAGUAUGCUGGAAGGUCAAUGGCACUAACACUUGGCAACAGUAUGGUAUCGCCACCAGAUUCCGUGUAUACUGUGUUAUGGAAGCUCUGACCAUCUUGAAAUUUUUUUAAAUAUAUACCGCAAUGUAAGGUCACACAAAUGAUAUCAUGAAUAGUUUCGACUUAUUACUAAGCGAUCAUCAGAUCAUCUGAAUUUUAUAUUUUCAUUAUAAGUUACUUUCACAUAGUGGAUCUUUCCAGUCUUAUAUUUCCGGUUACAGUUACCAACUUUUCCCAUGUAGAUAACUGCAACCUUCAGUUCCAACGAUCAUAGUAGGCGUUCACAGCCGGGGUUUACGUCAGUUAAAACUUCCGGGCUGAGAGGUGCAGUAGGAUGGGUGUUUAGAAGCCGUGACUUGCUUCCACUGGUCACUUCAGGUUGGUCUCUUCACCAAUCAUGAACGCGUUCCCCUGUACCUCUUUUUUUCUUUGCCUCUGUCUUGUACAAGCUUACUCACCAAAGUAAACUGGAAGGUCAAUGGCAUUAACACAUUGAAUUGUAUCGCCACCAGAUUUCAUCCUGAAAAUUAUUAGGUUGAGUAAGAUGAAUAAGCUAUUGUAAUUAUUACUCAAAACAUUUAAAUAACUAGCCAGGCCAACUGUAUGCCAUCAAACCAGGGAUCCGCGAAGCGGAACGAAAGAGCACAAAAAUAUUAUUCAACUAAUCUGUAACAGUCGACCUCCAUAGGUUAGUAGUCUACAGAGAUGGCUGCCAUGUUGAGUCCCCACGUUCGAUUGUGCAAGCAGUUUUGAUUGUUGGGAGGACUGGUGCAGAGUACACUCACGCAAGUGAUGCCAACUUGGGAGAUACGUGACUGAGAAGUAGCGGCCCAAGGUAAAACAGUGGUGUGCGGGGCCGCAUCUCCCUCCAUCGUGCAUCUGCAUGUUGUCGCAUGGCAGAGGAUGACACGAAGGUCGGUCGACGUCCCUUGGACCUUCAGGAUUCUAGCAAGGAGCUCGUUUACAGACGUUACACUAGACCUAUGAACUAAAUC